GAAGGGCUGGGGCCUCCUGCUUGCUCCCGCGCGCGGGGCGAGGCGUGUACGCAUGCGCCUGCGUCACCCGGAACUUGCGGAGCUGCUGAAGUGGCCGGGAGAAAGGCGGCGGCGAAGAAGGAGGCGGCGGUGGAGUGCCUGGUUGGGCUGAUCUGUUUCCCAUCAUGGUGGGGGAAAGGCGGAAUGGAAAUCUGCUGGUGCACCUUGGACCGAAGCUGCAGGCCUAUCCUGAGGAGCUUAUCCGCCAGCGUCGUGGUCAUGAUGGACACACUGAAUAUCUGAUCCGCUGGAACAUCCUUAGCCUGGAAGAAAGUAUAGGGAACAGCACCAGUGCUGCGUCUGCUGAGAGCAAGACAGAGAAUAUUCUAAUGUGGAUGUCAGCGGAGGAAGUUUAUGCUAACUGUCCCACACUGCUGGGUAAGAGGAAACCUGAGGGGCAGCGGGUGAAAGAGGAGAAAGCACCCAGCAACACAUUUUCAUCCGAUGUCACAGUGGAUGAAGCUUCCCUGCGUGAAAUGAAGGCUGAUGUCAGGAACCUGGUACAGCGGGCUGCUCGGCAAAUGGCCAGGACAACAGGCCCAGAAUCUUCCAUCUUGAACACCAUCCAUGUGCUCAGUGCCUAUGCUAGUAUUGGCUCAUUGACAGGUGUCUUCAAGGAGACUGGUGCUCUGGAUCUGUUGAUGAAAAUGCUGUGCAAUGAAGAAAAGCAAAUUCGUCGCAGCGCUGGCAAGAUGCUGAGGGCCUUGGCUUCCCAUGAUGCAGGAAGUCGUGCCUAUGUUCUCUUAUCCCUGAGCCAGCAAGAUGGCAUUGAGCAGCAUAUGGAUUUUGACAGUCGCUAUACUCUCUUGGAGCUCUUUGCAGAGACCACAUCAUCUGAAGAGCACUGCAUGUCAUUUGAAGGCAUUCACCUCCCUCAGAUUCCAGGGAAGCUUCUAUUUUCUCUGGUGAAACGUUACCUAUGUGUUACUUCCCUAAUGGACAAGCUUAACAGCACCACAGAACUUGGAGGAGAGCGACAAGAUUGUGCAGCUCCCAGUGCGAACUUUGGGGAAAAGAGUCGGGUGCAACGAGAGUUUGAUUUCAGCAUGGCUAUGGCAAAUCUCAUAUCAGAGCUGGUGCGAGUCAUGGGCUGGGACCGGGGCCAAGAACGAGAGCUCCUUUCCCUGCAGGAGACACAGCCACGAGUUAUUCGGUCCAUUUUCCAACCCAAGGGUUCUGGUUGUACUGCUGUUCAAGUGCCCCUGGUAACUCCAAAGCCUUCUCCCAGGAAAAAGCAAGGGCAGGCAUUCUUGACCUUGUCGGAUUUCACCAGUCGCAGCAGCUAUGUAGAGUAUGUGCAGGAGAACCUCAAGGCAGGGAUGACUGUCCGGAUGCUGGAAGACUACGAGGAGAUUAAUGCUGGAGAUGAGGGUGAAUUUUGCCAAAGCAAUAGUGGGAUGCCUCCGGUACAGGUUUUUUGGCAUUCUACUGGUCGCACGUAUUGGGUACACUGGCACAUGAUAGAGAUUAUUGGCUCUGGUGAGGUGCUUGAAGAGGAGGCUGCACAAGAAAAGGUGUCCAGUCUAACGGAGAAACUGAAGCUACCUGCAGCAGUUACCCAGACAUUCUACUGCAAACCACUCGGAGGAUUAUACUCACUGCCAUAUCUGACGGAUCAUAUGAAUGAGAACUCUGGGAACCUAAGUCGGGCUGAAUGGUGGGAGCUACUCUUCUUUAUUAAGAAACUAGAACAGCAUGAACAACAGGACAUUCUUCAUUUCAUUCAGCAGAACCAUGAAGAGCAGCCAUCAGAGCUAGAUGAAGAGGGCCUGAUCCAGCUGUCAGUAUCUGUAGAAUUGGCUCGGCAAGUACUGCAGCUUGUGAGCAAACACUGCCAAGGCUGCACUCGAAGCGAUCUACAAAGUUGUCAUGUCUAUCUCAAGUAUUCCUUCGGCAAAGGAGAGCCAGAGCAGAAUUGCCAAAAUAUGAAUGGGAUCCCUGAAAACUGUGGUGGCCUUUCUGAAGCCAUGGCAUCUAAGAAGCCAAAGAAGGAGUCACUCUCUGCGGAGGUGCCUUCUCCAGUUCCAUCUGUGGCAGAAAAGACUGACAUACAGCUGAUUAACGAGCUCCUCAAAGUGGAAGAGCCUUCCUUUCCAGAUGCACUGGAUGAGAAAGCCAAAGCUUUCGGGACAGCAAAGAUGAUAGUGAAGAGAGGCUCUUUGGAGAAGAUAGGAGAUAUCAUAGACAUGAUCCAGAAAUCUGGUUCUGAAGUCAUCCUGCAGAUGGCUGGACUCAGAUUCAUCACAAAGAUCUUAGAGGAGGAACCUGGUCAAGAGAGACAAGUCAUCAAAGUAGAAGGUGGACCUACAGUCAGAGAAAAAAUGGUGAAGAUGCUGGUGGAGCUGCUGACCAACCAAGUGAAGGAAAAGCUGUUGGUGGUAUUGGCACUGAGACUACUUUAUGUGUGCAUGGCAAAGUAUGACUGGCGAGUUCUUUUUGCCACAGAAGGCGGUGUCCGUGCUGUGUUGGGCUGCAUGCAGGAAUAUCCCACAUCAACGUUGGUGCAGCAUAUUGGCCUGGCAGCACUGAAAGUCCUGGUAGGUGCUGGGAAUUGUGAACUUCUGGGUUCCAGUGGGAAGUCAUAUCCUUUAAAUCAUUCGGAUGCCCAGAUGAUGUUGGAAAUCUUUGCCAGCAUUGGCUCUGCUUCCAGCAAGGAUUCUGAUAACUUGCUCUGUGCCAUCUGUACUGCUGUUGAGAAGAUGUUGGACACACAUGGGGCCUCCUCGGCAGUACAGAAUGGGCUUUUGGUUCUGAACGUGCUGAUUAAUAAUCACAAAGGCCUGGCAGAACAGCUGGGAAACUGUGAUCUCUAUUCUGUUCUGAAGAACUGUUGCCAAACAGGUCAAAGAUCCAAUGAAAUGUUGGCUCGGAUAGUGCUCAACCGUCUGGCUGAUCAUAAGUUACCACUGAGCCAGGACGAUGCAGAGUCCAAGGCCACCUUUGAGCUCAAGGAAAUGGAUGUCCCCACAUUGUUGAAAAACCUAUGUGAGACCAGCUUCUCAAAGGACAUAGUCCUAGCCUUGGAGCAUUGCCUUUGUGAUGGGGAUGUCUGCCCUGAGGAAAAUAGCACUGAGCAUUUGCCAGACCGUGAGCACUUCCUGCUGCUGCUGAAAAUUCUAGAACAGCUGGGAGCGGAGAGGAGUGUGCAGAUGGGCAUGCUGAGGAUUUUGAACAAAUUUUUGGACAUUUCCCAAGAGGAUAUGCUGCCCUGGCAUGAAUGCAUUGAGCCUUGUCUCUCUGCUAUGAGCACUCACAGCAAUGAACGGGAGGUUGUGCAGGAGUACAUCCGUUUUUUGCAUCGUCUGGCCACCACCAACAAAGAUUGUGCUGUUGUCAUGUGUAGAGUUGGCACAAAGGAUGCCCUUACCAAAGCUAUGGACAAGCACAAUUCCAAUCUCUUGCUAGUGACAGAACUGCGCGACCUUGUGACUGAUUGUGAGAAAUAUGCCAGCCUUUAUAAGAAGAUGACAACCAGCAUCCUGGCUGGUUGCAUCCAGAUGGUUCUAGGUCAGAUAGAAGAACACAGACGUAGCCACCAGCCUAUCAACAUCCCCUUUUUUGAUGUAUUUCUGCGCAACCUUUGCCAAGGUUCAAAUGUGGAGGUGAAGGAGGACAAAUGCUGGGAGAGGGUGGAAGUCUCCUCCAACCCACAUCGAGCCAGCAAGCUGAUAGACAGGAACCCAAAGACUUACUGGGAGUCUAAUGGCAGCACUGGUUCACACUAUAUCAAUAUCUACAUGCAUCGUGGCGUGGUAGUCAGGCAGAUGACUUUGCUUGUGGCCAGUGAAGAUUCCAGUUACAUGCCAGCUCGGAUUGUGAUCAUGGGAGGGGAGAAUACAUCCAGCAUUACUACUGAGCUCAAUACCGUAAACGUCCUACCUUCAGCCAGCAGGGUAGUUCUUCUGGAGAAUAUGGUCCGCUUCUGGCCAAUCAUACAGGUCAAAAUCAAGCGUUGCCAGCAGGGUGGCAUUGACACACGUGUGCGUGGCCUUGAGGUGCUGGGCCCCAAGCCCACUUUCUGGCCCAUCUUCAAGGAGCAGCUUUGUAGACGCACCUUCCUCUUCUACACCACCAAGGCCCACACGUGGUGUCAGGAAAUCUCUGAAGACCGAAUGCAGCUGCUGCAACUCUUCAACAGGUUGAACAGUGCCUUGCGCCACGAGCAGGUGUUCGCCGAUCGUUUCCUUCCUGAUGAUGAGGCUGCCCAGGCCCUGGGAAAGACAUGCUGGGAGGCUCUGAUUACUCCUGUGGUGCAGAGCAUUACCUCUCCAGAUUCCAGUGGUAUCAGCCCCCUGUCAUGGCUUCUCAGCCACUACUUGGAGAAUUUGGAGGCAGCCCGGAAGACCAAGAGUCGAGCUGCCAUCUUCAACUCCCGUGUCCGGCGUCUUAGUCACCUUCUGGUUCAUGUGGAUUCUAGCAGUCCUGAGCCUGAGGAGCUGAAGCCCCCUGUGAAAUCCAAUGGGAAGAAUGGAAAGAACAAGGAGUCAAGCUCUGGGACUGCCAAGGCAGUUGUGAAGAAACCUAGUAGCACAACAGGCAUCACACAGUGCUGGAAAGGUGUUGUCCAACAGCAGGUGAAGCGGUUCCUGGAGACCUCCUGGCAGGCCUCUGACUUUGUGGAGCAGUACUGCAACACUUACCUGCGCCUCCGAACAGCCAUGGAGGAGCUCUUUGGGCAGCAGAUGUCCUUCAUGUUGGCCCUGUGCCAUGGCUUCUCUGGGGGACUGCUGCAGCUCUCCUUCCUGACAGCCAUGCAUGUGAGUGAGCAGUUUGCCCGUUACAUUGACUGCUGGAUCCAAGAAAGCUGGGCAGAUUCAGGCAACGUGGAGACCCUGCGGCGCCUGCAGCAGAGCCUGGAGCCCAUCCUCUUCUUGGCAGGCCUGGAGUUGGCCAACACCUUUGAGCACUUUUACCGGCUCUACCUGGGAGACCGGCUCCUGUCCCAGGGCAAGUCGUGGCUGGAGUGUGCUGUGGUGGAGCACAUUGGGCUCUGCUUCCCCAACCGUUUCCCUCAGCAGAUGAUGAAGAACCUGAGUGAGCUGGAGGAGCAGCAGCAGCAAUUUCACCUCUUCCAGUUGCAACAACUCGACAAGGGUCUGCUUGAAUUCGACCAUGAUGGGAAGUGUGAAGAAGAGGAAGAAGGAGAGAUGAUGGGGAUCGAGGAAUCAUUUUCUCAGGAGGAAGAGACAGAGGUGAAAGUGCUGGCUCUGUCUCCCCGCUGCUGGACCAUCCCUUCACAUUGCUACCUGGAAGACCCUGAUAAAUUUUUCCCAUCAUCCCUCAGUCAGCAGCUGGGCAAGUUUGCCGACUUCUACACCCAGAGUCAGAGCCGCUUUGGGCUGGAGCAUACAAAACCACGACAUUUACAGUGGACUUGGCUGGGACAUGCGGAGCUUGAGUACCAGGGCUGCAAACUGCAUGUGUCUACAUUGCAGAUGUACAUCCUUCUGUGCUUCAACAGUGCUCAGGAGGUCUCUGUGGAGACUUUAUUGCAAGCCACUGAUAUCUCCCCUAUACUCUUGAAUCAUGCACUGAAACCUCUAGCGAAGGAGAAUGGGAUCCUCAGCCAGAGUCAAAAUGUCUUGAAACUGAAUGAAAGGAUGUUGUCCCAGCUAUCUGGCCAGCGUUUGUGGCUGUUGCCCAAGCAGACGUACCUGAAUGUGGAAGAGGAUGAAGGCAGCGCUCUGGAAAGGAAGAGGAACAUCAUCUGUUGUCUCCUCAUCCAGAUCUUGAAAGAAGAGAAAGAGAUACACAUUGACAACUUGGUCUUUAAAGUUAUUGAUGCCAGUCAGAAGUGGGAGUCUGGAUCAACUCUGAAAUUCUUACGCUUUUGCUGCAGAAGCACUGAUGUCCUGUCCUGCAUCUUGCAUCUACUCAGCCAGGGCUACAUCCGGCGACAGGAAGACAGCCCACAGCUCCUGGAGUACAUCUCCACAGAGCCCACUACACCUCACAGAGGCCAAGCUCAGCUCAUCUUUCAGGGCACGGAUUCUCAGAAGAAAAAAUCCCCUUCUGAGUCAAAUGCAAGCAAUAAAUUUUCUCCUUUCAGGUUGGACACCUUUGGCCUUGGCACUGAACAAGUGCUGAUGGAGACCGUGCUGCUGCCCAUGGGGCGUACUAUGAACCAAGAAGAAGUUGAGGUGCUGAUGAACCAAACAAUACAGAGGGUUGCAGACACUCUAAGUCUGAAUACUGAUAUAGCUCAGCACCUGCUCAUACACUGUAAAUGGAAUGUGGAUGUUCUGAUCCAGCGCUACUCAGAAGAUUCAGAGCAGCUGCUAUUUUCCUCAGGCCUGAAAGUGCGAAACCCUCAACCCCCUUCGAGCCCAGUCACCCACUGUCCUGUCUGCUUGAAUCAGUUGAGUCAAGCAGACAAUCCGCCUGUUCUGUGUUGCAUGCACUACUGCUGCAAGUCCUGCUGGAAUGAGUACUUGACAACUCGGAUUGAACAAAACCUGAUUUUGAACUGCAUAUGUCCUAUCUCUGACUGCCCUGCACAACCCACUACUGAUUUUAUCCGUUCUAUUAUUUCCUCUAAAGAGGUCAUUGCCAAGCAGUAUGAGAAAGCACUCUUGAGGGGUUAUGUUGAAUGCUGUUCAAACCUUACCUGGUGCACGAACCCUCAGGGCUGUGACCAGAUCCUUUGCAAGGAAGGCCUUGGUUGUGGAGAAGCAUGUUCAAAGUGCUCUUGGAUCUCUUGCUUUAACUGCAAUUUUCCAGAGGCUCACUAUCCUGCCAGCUGCAGCCACAUGUCCCAGUGGAUGGAUGAUGGUGGCUUCUAUGAGGGGAUGACUGUGGAAGCCCAAAGCAAGCACCUGGCUAAACUAAUUUCCAAACGCUGUCCAAGUUGCCAAGCUCAAAUCGAGAAGAAUGAGGGCUGUCUUCAUAUGACUUGUGCCAAAUGUAACCAUGGAUUUUGCUGGCGUUGUUUGAAGCCUUGGAAACCAACCCACAAAGACUAUUAUAACUGCUCUGCUAUGGUGAGCAAAGCAGCACGACAGGAGAAGCGUUUCCAAGACUAUAAUGAAAGAUGCACUUUCCAUCAUCAAGCAAGGGAAUUUGCUAUGAACUUGCGUAAUAGAGUUUCCACUGUCAGUGAUGUGCCACAAAUCCGGACGCUGAAAUUUGUUGUUGAUGCCUGCAAAAUGCUGGAACAGGCACGAAAAGUACUGGCUUACUCCUGUGUUUACAGCUACUAUAAUCAAGAUACUGAAAAGAUGGAUAUCAUGGAACAGCAAUCAGAAAACCUAGAGCUGCACACCAAUGCUUUGCAGAUCCUUUUGGAAGAGACAUUGUUGCAGUGCCAAGAUCUUGCUUCAUCUAUUCGUCUGCUCAAAGCAGGGCAUUUUAAUACUGGUCUAGAGUUGGUACGCAGGAUCCAAGAACGACUUCUUGCAAUUUUGCAACAUGCUACCCAGGAUUUCCGGGUGGGAUUUCAGACACGACAAGGCUCUGAACAGAGGGAGAUGAAGUUAUCCAAUGUGCCUAAUGCUACUCCUGGUUAUACAGAACUGGUUUUUGAGGAGGCAUCAGAUUCACCUGACACAGAUGAUGGCAAAGAGGAGGAUGAUGACGAAGAUGAGGAGUAUGUCCCUGACUGGCAACCGGAGUAUGAUGAUGAAGAUCUUGAUGACGACAAUAUUUCCUAUGAUGAUGAAUCAGAAAAUCUAGAGAGGGAUUCGUUCUUCUUUGAAGAUGAAGAUGAUGUUUAUUAGUAGAGUUAGCCUUCUGACAGUUCAAAUUCACCAAAAUGAAUUCUGGAAGAAAAUGUCUGUCACUGAUAGCCCUGUUCCUGCUGCAUUUUGUACUCUGCUUUUGCCAAGGUCAAAACCAGCAGAGAGAAGACUAGGUUUCAGUAAGGUGGGAGGAAGUUGCAUGUACGUUUACAGGAAGGGCAGUUUACUUUUUGAGAUGGCUACCUUGUGAUUUCUGUCAAAAUUCACAAGGCUGCUGUGCCUAGUUACAUGUGAACUUACAUGAGUUCUUUGGAGAAGAAGCAGUCAUUGAGACCUGUGUGAUUUUUUUUUUUUACAUCUUGGAGAGUAAGACCAUAGAGGGAGGCUUUACUCCACUACAGGCCUAGAGAGAUUAAGGGAGUGUCACAUGUCACUGGUGUGUUUGAAAGAAAGCUUACACACCAUUCUUGCCUGUACUCUCUGUACCUUAUUGCCCAUUUGCUACUAUUAUGCAGAAACCCCACCUUGGCAAAAUUUAGUUGAUUUAAUAAUCUUGCCUAGCAAUGAUAAAAAUACCACGAAAGUAACAAUACACCAUUAUGCUUUAGUCAGUGAUUUUUAUUUUCCAGUAGUAAUAUUCCAUCAAGCAAAUAGAUGGAAAUACCAAUGCACGUGUGCACAUAACACAUCAAAUCUCUUAUGGAUUUUUGUCUGCAAGAGAAAUUUUAAUUUGUGUUCCACCACAAGUUUGGAAACUAAGAGCAAUGCUUUUAAUUUAACUGCAGUAUAAAGCACUCUACUGGACUUGAGUGCACAGGGGUCUUUCAAGCUGCAGAGAGAGCAAAUUAGAAGAUUUAGGUCAUUAAUGUUUGGAAAUGAGCGCUAAUGAAAUUCUUAAAACAAAAUGUCCCAAACUGAGCAAAUGUGUCCUGCUCUUGAAGUGACAUGUAGUUCUUUGGGUUGUCAUUGCUCUGAACGGACAUGGUUAUAUGUGCAUCUCUUUCAUCAAGAGGCAAGUUUUCUGUACCUUUUUUGGUUCCUUUGUCAUUGGAAUCAUUGUUUUCUCUUCUUGUAGAUGGGAAUUCUUCAGGAUGUAGAGGUUCAAAAGUUCGUAUAUAUAAUAUAAAUAUAUAUAUAUAUAUGCAGAAGCUGAAAAUGUUCAGAUUAUGCUUUAUCUUUUCUUGAAAAUGAAAAGGAAUCCUGAAAGAACAAGAUUAUACAUCUUUUGUUAAUUAAAUAAACCGUUUUUCUUCUA